ACCCACUCCUUUCAUCAGAAAGGGAUGAGGUAAUCCCUGCGAGGGCUCGUGAAGCACAACCAGAGUGUGAGCGAGAGAGAGAGAGAGAGAGGAGCAGUACGAGAGAGAGAGAGAAGGAGAGAGAGAGAGAGAAGGAGAGAGAUGACAGUAGCAACAGAGUGCGAGGAGCUGGAGUCCUGACCAGCAGUGCCAGCAGCAGUAGAAACUGUAGUGUUAGCUAGCGCUAGUAGCAUAGCAUAGCAGCCACACGGUUUUGAGUGAGAUGAGCCGCUGCCGGGGCCGGGGCUGCUAGCGAGGAGAGGAGAGGAGCGCUGCCUGCCUGCUGUGGGACAGUGACAGAGGAGAGGAGAGCUGGUGCUGGGGUCCUCAGGGUGGUGUACAGCCGUGAGCUGAGCCGUGAGGAGAGGAAUCAUGACCGAACGCUGUAGCCUAUGGAGCGCCCUGUCGGCAGCCGCCUGCUGUUUCUACAGAGGCUCCUUCAUGCAGGUGCAGUUCUCCAAGGAGAAGUACCUGCUGGAGUCUCCACCAGAGAAACUACGCAAGGAACUGGAGGAGGAGCUGAAACUCUGCAGCAGCGAUAUCAGGAGCCAUGGCUGGUACCAUGGACACAUCCCUCGAGAGCUAUCAGAGACUGUAGUCCUGCAGAACGGUGAUUUCCUGAUCCGUGAUUCGCUGAUUAACAUGGGCGACUACGUCCUAACGACUCGCUGGAACCACGAGGUUCUGCAUUUUAAGAUCACCAAGGUCCUGGUCAAGUCUAGCACUGAGUCUAAGGUCCAGUACCUGUUAGAGAAGGACAGCUUCGACUCCAUACCUGAACUGGUGAGGUUCUACGUGGCCGGGCGGCAGCCUAUCUCCCAGCCCAGUGGAGCCCAGAUCUACUGUCCAAUCAUACGCACCCUACCCCUGCGCUACUUGGAGGCCACGUUUGCCUUAGCCAAUAGCAGGCACGGCCUGGCCCACUCACCGUCCAGUCAGAGAGGAGCGUACAUCAAGAGGCGGAGCGUAACCAUGAACGACGGAUUGACAACGGAGAAGCUGAUACCUCACAGCCCUUCUACUAUUCACAACCACAAGGAUGCGAUGAGGAACUGUGCCAUGAGUAUGGAUCAGAUCCAGGAGUACCGCUGUCCCCUGUCUCCUGUAGGAGAAACACCUCUCUCCCCAGCAUACAGCCACAUCCACAGACACAGAACCCAGUCAGGGGGUAGAGUUCUGGCCGUGGUGCCCCCCUCCCCAGUCCUGAGACGCUCCAGCGACCCCCAGCUCAGCCCUGGCUCCAACAACAACCUACCUGACAUGCUAGCCGCCAGCUCCCACUCCACCCCGGCCCACUGCUCCUACCCAGCCCCAGCAGGGGGCUCUGAAACAGAGGGAAGCUACUGCGACCUCAGGCCCUCCCCGGCCCCAUGUCCUGGGGCUCCAUGUGCUGCCGGCAUGCCCCCCACACCUCCAGCUAAGAGCUACGUGGAGCGGCUGCGUGUGGAGGAGGGCCGAGGGCCUGCCCCAGGGAGGGAGGACGGUGCAGGGGCUGGGGGAGAGGCGUUCAGCGCCCCCCUGGUGGAGACUGCCUCCUCCUUCAGACCAGGGAAGUACCUGUCACCCCUGAUCCCCCAGGAGAACAAGCCCUUAGAGAUGAGCAUACUGAAGAGAGUCAAGGAGUUGUUGGCUGAGGUGGACGCUAGGACGGCUGCUAAACACAUCACCAUGGCUGACUGCACGGUUGCUAGGAUACUGGGCGUUACCAAGGAGAUGCAGAGGAUGAUGGGAGUAGGUUCAGGACUGGAGCUUUUGACUCUACCUCACGGACAUCAGCUGAGACUGGACCUACUGGAGAGGUUCUACACUAUGUCUAUAAUGAUGGCUGUGGACCUGCUGGGGUGUACAGGCAGUACGGAGGAGAGGGCUGCUCUGCUCCAUAAGACCAUCCAGCUGGCUGCAGAACUCAAGAGCAACCUGGGGAACAUGUUCGGCUUUGCUGCUGUGAUGAGAGCACUGGAGCUGCCACAGAUUUCUCGCCUGGAGCAGACAUGGAUGACGUUGCGUCAGAGACAUACAGAGGGAGCCAUCCUCUAUGAGAAGAAGCUCAAGCCCUUCAUGAAGAACAUGAACGAUGGCAAAGAGAGCAGUGUGCUGUCCAACACAUCCUUCCCUCACGUGGUUUGUCUGCUGUCUCUGCUGGAGAGGGGUGUGGCCGUGGGGGAGGGGCCAGGGGCGGGGAUAGAACCCUGGGAGAAUGUGGAGGCGGGCGUUGAUGUCGUGAUGUCACACCUGGAGGCGGCCCGGACCAUCGCUCACCACGGGGGGCUGUACCGCACCAACGCUGAGACCAAACUACAAGGCUUCCAGGAGAGAGAGGAGGUUCUGGAGAUCUUCCGGACAGAGUUCCAGAUGAGGUUGCUAUGGGGAAGCAGGGGUUCGGAGGGCAGCCAAUCAGAACGCUAUGAGAAGUUCGACAAAGUCCUGACCGCUCUGUCUCACAAGCUGGAGCCUCCUGUACGCCACAGCGAACUAUAGCACCCAUCUCACUGAACACCCCUAUACACAGCACUGCGCUCACAGUGGUACAACCUGCCUCCCCAUACUGCAAGGCACCUUGAUGUGGAUGUCCAAAGUGAAUAAGAGGGGAUGAGGCCGCUAACAGGGACAAAAGAGUGGACUUAGAGAAGACGGGAGGCGAGAAGGAGCAUCUCACUGUAUAUCCCAAAAAAAGGCACAAAGGGCUUUUUCAGAGCUCUUCAAUAGGCUGUAAUGUUUCCCUCCCUAAAUGCUGAAAGACAGAGUGGGUCGAGGAGGAGUGGGAAAUGGGGUAUUAUUCUACCCAUCAGCAAGCUACAAAGAACUACAGGUACGGUGUGCGCUGAGGGUCAAACAGUGCAGGAGAGGUUGGAUCUAGCUGUUCUCUGGUUGAUCACAUGAAGCUCUGAUCUGUCUUCAACGCCUUCAUUAUUACCUCUCCUAUUACAUCUGUACUUACCGGUUCAUUGUCACACACUGUUCUGUCAGAGAGCAAUAGUAAACACAAUGUGUGUGUGUGUUCUGUCUGACCUAAAGAGACAGUCAUAUUUAACACAAUGUGUGUGUACUUCAGGACACCUGUACCAUAGAGAUUCACAUCUCUAUUUAUUUUUUCUUUGUUUUAUUUGACCUUUAACUAGGCAAGUCAGUUAAGAAAAAAUUCUUAUUUACAAUGACGGCCUACACCGGCCAAACCCGGACGA